AUUUAGAUACAAAAAUGAAAUGUAAAGCAUUUAUUUGGUGUGUGGAUGACAUUUGGAAACAUCCGAACCUGUCUAUUACCGGAAUGGCUGCAUAUUAAGAUUUCCUAAUUUAAAAUGUGCCUAUUAUUAUUGUUUUGUUAAUUAUUCUACACGUUUUUCUAAUUAUAUUAUAGAAAUACGACAAAUAAUAAUAAGAAUAUGUUUCUAAAACGCAAAAAUAGUCUGUGUUUUGCUUGUUACCGGCUUCCGUCGAGAGCGUCGAUGCGUGGUUACCAUAGUAACUUGAAUACACAGUUCAUUUUCCAGAGGCGCAGCUGCUGGGCGCAACAUCUACAGAGGAGACAUGUCAAAGCUGGACACCUUGCUGCAGGAUGGACUUCAGUCUGAGUUAAUGCUCCAAUAUCACCUUAAAACUCUGAGGAAAACACUCAAGCAGCAGCUGGAUGAGACAAAAAUGAGGCAAACAAUGGAUUUGGAGAAACGUGUACACCAAAAUUCACUUCUCUUAGCAGAAUUAGAUAAAAAGUCCAGUAAAAAAGAAGAACUAAAUAAGCAAAAAUUCAUGAACACAAGGAGAUCCAUCUCCAUGUCUGAUUUGACCACAAGAAAAGAGACCUCCAGUCGGAAACAGGGGCCUAUUGCCUCCUCCACAGCCUGGGGACCUUCAACAAGCUGGACACAUGGUUCUGUAGGGACCCAUAUAUGUGAACGGUUUGCUUCUUCUAAAUCAACACAGGUGAGGAGAAAAGAAGAGGAUGAGGUAGAGUGUCUGAAGAAAUUCCAUGCAGUGCCUGUCCCUAAACAUGUCAUGAAGCCAGUCUACCGGGACAUGCUGGAGCUCAAGGAGAAGGAGAGGAAACAGAGUUGUGAGCACAGGAAGCAAUUCUUACUUUCUAUCCAGAAACCAUUCAGCUUCUAUGAAAGAGACAAGAUGAAAAAAGAAAAGCUCGUCACCACCUUGAACCAGGUUUCACAGAAUCCAAAAACUAAUUGCUUUGGAAAAAAUCUUCUGAAACAGAAUUCCUCAAUGCUGAAAGCAUCCCAACAGGAUACUCCAUGUCGGGUGGGCAUCCCAAAACUCUACACCGCUGAGCGCGCCGGUAGAAAGAAGACAGAAAUCCUGGAUGUGGAGCCGAGCUUCCAACCAAAAAUCCUCCAUCAGGUUCCAAACUUCAGCAAACUGCACAAAGCUUUACUGAACGAGUCGCUGAGGAAAAUAAAAAGCAACGAUACAACAAGGUGUCAACCCUUCUUCCUGAGAACAUCAUCGUUACCAACUAGGAAACGCAGGAAGAGUCUGGAAACCUUACAGGUACCCACGACGAGUAAUCUCAACAGAAGCAAGUCACUCGGGGCCUUGUCGCUGAUGUCUGCCAACACACUCCCCAUAUACAUCUCAGAUGCUGUGAGGAAGCGUUGUAUUGCUGUCAAAAAGUCAAUGGAGCUGAGGGAAAGUAAGAAUCAAGAAAGCAUGGAGUGGUUGAGGAACUACCAGAAGAGAUCCAAAGCUCUGAAAAAGACCAUCACCCUGCAUGCAAAGUUACUGGACCCACACAGCAGCCUGAAAGAGGUGCAGGCUGAAAAUCUGCAGCGCCAUCGACAAGCGGAUAAGCAAAGAACAAAAAACUACAUGAGAGAAUUACAGGACAUGAAAGCCCGAGUUCAGGAACGUCCCUAUUUGUUUGAACAGGUGAAACAGAGAAAUGCAAAGGAGUGUGCAGAGCAGACCUAUAGGAACAAACUGAAGAAAAUGGGCUUGAAGGAAGAAUUUGUUGAAGAAAUAGGUGACACUAUCAGAUCAGAUGAUGACACCAAAACAAGCAUCCACAGCGACAGCAGCCACAUCAGGGAAGAAAAUGCAGAUGACUGGGAGAAAAUUGAAGAUGUGGAGAAGGAGAGCGUGAAGUCCAAAAGGGAAGAAACACCAUGAUCACAAAGGUCCAGGCGGGACAGUUUUUUUUUUUCUAUUUUGUGGCUUCUUUACAAGAAAACAACUCUGCCCUCAGAAAUAAUUCAUGUUACAGAGACGGCUUGAUAGUAAAAAAACAAAAAAAAGUCCGCUUAUAAAUUAUGAAAUUACAUAUGAUCUGUAGAAUCACAUAUUUUUGGGAUCAUGGAAAGAAGAAAACAGUGUGUAAAGUAAAUAAGCAUGCAUCUAAAUACAAAACCAAGACUUAUAUUCCAUAUGUACUGUUUGAAUUAUAUAAUGAUGUUCCUUCCAAGAAAUCCAAGACUGUAAUCCAAGCUGUAAUUUAGAUGUUGAAAUCUGGGUAACCAAAAUAAAAGCUUCAAAGCUUCGAUGUUUAAUUGCGCUUGAUUGAAAAAACACUUUAUGGUCAUUUAAAAAAAGGAAAUACUUUUCAUAAUGUCAAAUAUUGCCUUCAAAAAUGCUUAGAAUUUUGAAAACAUAACUGUAACGUUGUAUGUGCUUUCAUUAAAAAUGUCCCUGAAGAACAGCGAGCAUUUCUUGGAUGGUUGGGUUAAAGUUCCCUGUUAUUUGUCGAGCCGCACCACCAGCUAAAUAAACAGUCCUCUGUGUGCGUCUGCAUUUGCUCAGGCCGCUCAGUGGUCCGCUCUGAACCUACAGUUCCACAUCAAAUGCUCCUGCACCCUGGCCUCUGCUGUACUCUGGUGCUUUGACAGCUGCUUUUUCUGCUUACAAAAAGGCAGCUGUCAGAUUUAUAUAUAUAUUUAAAUCCACAUGCUGCAGAGUGAUGUGGACUCCAUCUUUGCAGAGUUAAAAAGGUGCUUUAAAUUGACUAUUUAGAUGAAUAUUUUAGCAAUGUUUUAAUUCUUGAGCUUUGUAAAAUCACAGGUAAUCAUGGAACCCCCUUAUUUUGAAACCUGAAAUACCACAUGAUAUAGCUUCAAGGGCUCAAUCCAGUCAGGUUGUCAUGGGAACCCUCUAUCCAUCCCCAUUCUACCAUGUAGUCCCUCUGGAGAAAGCGGUGCACCUCUGAUUCCCUGAUGCAUAGCUGAAUAAAAAGAAAAAAAAA